AUGCCAAAGCAAAAGAAUAAAGUGCAUCAAAUACUCCAAGAAUAUAACAAUAAAAGAAGUAAGCAAGCCAAAAAAAGGCAAAAGAAGGACAUUGUGGAUGUCUUGGGUGAUGAUUUUCCUGAAGAUGAUGUUUGGGCUGAAAAUAUUUUUGCUGAAGAUAUCUGUGAUGAAGAUGUCUUUGCUGAAGAUGUCUUUUCUGAAGAU